AUGCACCAUCCCGCAGCCUUUUCAGACCAGCCAGCUGCGAAACCCACACUCUCCGACUGGUCAGAUUCACUCAGCGAGCAGAACGAUCUUCAGGCCAGCCCCCCACAAAAGCCAGCCAGCCGCAGCUGGACAAGGUUUGGGCUUGCAGUUGUCUCCCGGGAUCCAUCUGCCCAUGCCAUUGUUACAGAGCAUUCAAUUACCUUUCUCAAAGGAGGUCUUCGGAGCUCAACGAUUUCAUUGGCUCUGCAGCUCAAGGUUGAAAAUUUCUGGCGCCGUCCGAUUCGCGAUCCGCCUGCAGGAUUGAGCUCGCCCUUCGUCAAACCAAAAAUAGGGAUCUCCUGGGGUGCCGGGUGUGGUGCUACGGCCCCACCACCGAGCAAUCGCCGCCCCAGAAUUGCCCCGCUCCUUGAUCUACAGGGACGACCACCCUCUUUUCCGGACUAG